AUGUCGGACUACGAAGAAGCCUUCAAUAAUGGACCUGAACACUAUGAAGAGUUUGAACAAGAACACUUUUCGGACAACGAAUUCGAACAAGAUGCUGUAUUUCAGGAUGGUGAGACUAAGGAUGCUAAUGGGAAUACAGUUGUAGCUGGUGGGAUUGGUCCAGAAGAGUUUCAACAGCAGGACCAGCAUAGAAGAAGGACAUUAAAAGAAAAAGCUAUUCCUAAAGAGGAAAGAACUACCACGCCAUAUAUGACAAAGUAUGAACGAGCUAGGAUCUUGGGUACCAGGGCGUUACAAAUAUCCAUGAAUGCUCCUGUGUUUGUCGAUCUGGAAGGUGAAACUGAUCCUAUGAGAAUUGCUAUGAAGGAGCUGGCUGAAAAGAAAAUUCCAUUGGUUGUUAGAAGAUAUCUACCAGAUGGUUCAUUCGAAGAUUGGUCUGUGGAGGAACUGAUUUUGGACAUGUAG